GGCGUGGAAAAACGCACGCAAAACAUAUCAGUGCUGAACAUCAUCGUGUUAAAUGUAUGUUUUUGUUUUGUUCUGUUUUUAACUGUAGUCAUAUUAGGACGCAUCGAUGGCGUUAAAUCAGGAUGCGAUUAAUCACCAUGUCACCAGCAUCGCUUGAUCAUUUUUGCGGGGAUUAUAUCUCAGUAACUCGAGAGUAGCCUAGCUAGCUCUGCUGGAAAACUGAACACACACACGCGCGCGCGCGCACGCACAUAGACACACACACACACACACAUAUACAGACAGAGGCGCGCGCGCGGAUACACACAAGCAUUUGCCAAAUGGCCAGGUAAAGAUGUAUCCGCUAAAGGAACAUGAUUCACCUUGGUUUAUUUGAAUGAGCUCGAAGCUUAAACGCACAAGGUCUUAAUCAGACGUGAUGCUGGAGGUACAACGCGAAGAAACGUCCAUGUUGUGAGCUGCAAAUACGUGAAUCCCUUCGAGAGACUGCUGCAGAAAAGCAAGGGGGAAUAAGGGGCGCUGUGGAUGUGACGCCGAUCCUGUGCUUUGCUUUCCUUCUCCGCAGGUGUGUGUGUGUGUGAGUGUGUGUGAAAUGUUGCUGGCCUCGGCGGUGGUGGUGUGGGAAUGGCUGAACGAGCACGGCCGCUGGAGGCCCUACAGCCCGGCUGUGUCGCAUCACAUCGAGGCGGUGAUCCGCGGAGAGACUCGCGGCGCAGGCAGUGUAGCGCUCGGCCAGGUCGACUCCAGACUCUCGCCCUACAUCAUCGACCUGCACUCCAUGCACCAGUUCCGCCAAGACACCGGUACACUGCGACCAGUGCGGCGGAGCUUCUAUGACCCGCGCUCGGCUCCAGGGCAGGGCUGGGUUUGGGAGUGGGAGAAUGACUCGGGCACAUGGACGCCGUAUGACACGGAAGUGGGAAUUGCCAUCCAGGCAGCAAGGGAACGGCAGCAACCGUGGCUGGACCUGACGCCGCUCGGCUUCUGCUAUCUUAUCGAUCUGCAGGGCAUGACGCAGAUUAACCGACAGACACAGCGCCGGCGCCGCAUCCAAAGACGCUGUGACUUGGCCUACCCUCUCGUCUCAGGCCCUCUGCCUAAACCUCAUGCCUGGACAUCUAAUGGGAGUGCAGCACAUUCAGGGAUGAGUGUGUCUGGGAUUGGAGGAGGAAAUGGAAGUGCAUACCCUAGUGGAGCCCUUCCUGCUUCAACUAUCACUUCUCUCGGUCAGCCUUGCUCGUGUCAGCAGUGCAUGUUGGUCCUAGGUGUCAAAACCAGCAGCAUGGCACAGACUCUGGGACGGAAACCCAUGCCUCUGCCCAGGCCGAGAAGCCCAAAAACUGCCCAGCGGAGCCACUUGUACUCACUCACUCUGCCACACAGGAACUCCACAACAGCCGGAGGGUUCGCACAUUCACUCUCCGUGCUGGACUCGGCCACAGCAGCUCUGUCCAUUUCCUCUACCCGUCCUCCUCCUCCUGCUGUUCCUCCACCCCCUCCACCUUCCUCUACUCCACAUGCUACCUCACCACCAAAUCAGACAUCCUCCAGUGCCCUCAUCUCCACAACUGCCACCUGUGCCCCAACCCCUUCAGCCAGAGUCCUGGGCCCUGUGUCCUCAGCAGCCUGUGCCGCCCCAGUGCCACCCCGUGCCAGCCUGGCAGGCCUCAGCCGUCCUGCACUGCAGAGGAUCGCCAUGGCACAGUCACGGGCACUUAUCGCCUCUGGAGUCCCAACAGUACCAGUCAAGAACCUAAAUGGGUCCAGUCCUGUUCACCCAGCAUUGGCUGGGAUUACCGGUAUCUUGAUGAGUGCUGCAGGACUUCCUGUCUGCUUGACCCGGCCACCCAAAUUGGUGCUUCACCCCCCACCUGUGAGCAAGAGUGACAUCAAGCCUGUGCCUGGUCUCGGCCACUGCUGCCGCAAAACCACCAAGAAACAAGCACGCAAAGGCAGAACUCCAGAGGAAGUCGUGAGAAGAUACCUGCAGAAGGUCCGCAAUCCUCCAGAGGAGGACUGCACUAUUUGUAUGGAGGCUCUGGCAGGCCCCUCAGGCUACAAAGGCCCUGGUGUGGGUGGCAUUUCCCGGGCAGAGUCGGUCGGCCGUCUGUCUCAGUGUGGGCACCAGUACCACCUGCAGUGCCUAGUGGCCAUGUACAACAAUGGCAACAAAGACGGCAGCCUGCAGUGCCCCACCUGCAAGACCAUCUAUGGAGUGAAGACUGGCAACCAACCACCAGGCAAGAUGGAGUAUCACGUUAUCCCCCACUCGCUGCCCGGGCACCCCGACUGCAAAACCAUCCGGAUUAUCUACAACAUACCCCCCGGCAUUCAGGGCCCUGAGCAUCCAAACCCUGGCAAACCAUUCACAGCACGUGGCUUUCCCAGACACUGCUACCUCCCCGACAGUGAGAAAGGCCGUCUAGUGUUGAAGCUGUUACUGGUGGCAUGGGACCGCAGGCUCAUCUUCUCUGUCGGAACCUCCAGCACGACUGGAGAGACCGACACGGUCAUUUGGAACGAAGUCCAUCACAAGACUGAGUUCGGCUCGAACUUGACGGGUCACGGCUACCCCGACUCAGGCCACUUGGACAACGUCCUGGAGGAACUGAGGGCACAAGGUAUCACUGAGGAAGACUGUCUGAGGGACUGAGAGAAUGAACGAGAUAAGACCUUGUGCCAAGUUGCGAUCCAGAGAUCAAAAUUUCAGAAGCAGCUGGAACUUGACUUUUUGCUGAAAUUUAGAAUCCAGUGUUAAAGAAAAUGAAGGGAGCCAAGUCACAAACUCGCUCUGUUCUGUGAUAUUGUCCCUCCUGAUGACGAAGAAAGCUUUGGAACCAGAUUGUGGCCCACUUCUGCUUCAGAGCUUGUAUAACAGACUUGAGGGAAAAUGAAUACAAAACUAAUUUACUAUUGCUGGUGUCUGUUCAACAAUUUCUCGUAUUGUAGUUCUGUGAAGGGUACUCCACACCGAGGUACUUCUGUGCAUGUAAGUAUAACAUUUGGUAGAAUAAGUCCUUUUUUUGUACGGCGGAGGCCCUCACUUUUUUUGCUACGAAGCUCCAGGGGCAGUUUCAGAUGGAAUGUGAAUGUUUACUGCCCUCUAGUGGCACUUGAUUAUACAUUCCAUCCAUAAUCAUGGUACAGUCACUUGUUUUUUUUUGUUUUUGUUUUUUUCAUGGGUUUUCGUUUUUACUUUUAAUUACACUACAUUAAUUCAUUACUUUUAUACUCAUUUGAAUUCUGUUGUACCUUAUUUUAUGUUAUAGAUAUAUAGUUCAUAAAUUAGAAGCCAAUGAUUUAGUCUGAUUUUGGAUAAUGAAGCUAUUAAGUCUGUCAGAAGGGCUGCUAAACCUGUCCUUGGACAUUAAACUCAACCCACUUCAAGUAUUAAUCAGUAUUAAAGCCAGCGAACAGUGCGGAAAUUGUGGACGAUGGCAAACGCACAAAACCUGGCCGGUUUCCUCCAAACCCUUUAAUUCCCACAGCCACAUGGAAAGCAUGAGUUUAUGAAAAUGAAGUUUUACUGUGAUUAGACAUGCAACCGGAGAUUAAAUGUGCAACAUCUGGACCAGCUCUAAAUUUAAACACGUUUCGCAUAAACGUGAUCUACGACAUGUCAGACUUAUGUAGAGGUCUGACAUAAUGUCAUGUAACUCAAGACACCAUAUUGGUCAUUGGGGAGCGGUGUUAACUACCGGCCUGGAGAACGUUUGCUUGCUUUGGAACAUCUGGUCCUACUUUGUGGGUAGAUUUGUGCUGUGGUCUCCAGUUACUUUUCUAGUCAGUCAUUGGUAGGUCCACGAUGGACACGUUUACAAAAAAAAAAAAAAAAAAAAAAGGUAUUGUUGUCAAGACAUUUGAGCAUGUGUGUACAUGCAAAUAUAAGCUUACAUUUAUAGUUGAAGUAUUAUUGUGUGCUGUAUGUGUUUUAUGUACACGUUCUGACCAUCUUUUUGCAUCACGUGUUGCAGCCACUCAGUAAGGCAAGCACUUCUAACUCUUUCUUUUUUUUAUUUUUGUUUUAUUAUUAUUAUUAUUAUUUUAAUUUGUUAUACAUUUUUAAUUUUUAGUAAUGUCUUAUAAGCUGUAUAAUUUUUUUUUUGUACUGUGAAGAUUUACUCACUGAUUGCACUUGUAUUUUUCAUGAUAGUUGCUCUGGAUACUGCAGUAAAAAAAAUGUCAGCCAAGAGGAAGCUGCAAAGAAACAGUGUAUGGAGCUAGAACUGAUGUUGCUGUAUAAUAUAAACCUGUACAGAAUAACGUGCAUAUUAAAUAGCUGCUGGAAUACUGAAUGAUUAUUAAAAAGAAGAUGUGUGUAGGGUUGGUUCAUCUCAAA